AGAAGUGGUGCCUGUGUCGCGGCCCAAACUUCAAGAGGGCAAUAAUCUCUUCUUGAAGAUCAAAAUCGCUAUAGCAUACUAUCAGUCACGAUGAUGAUCACGACCUACAAACUAGUCGCCCUCGCCCUUGCGGCAUGCCCAGGUCUGGCCAUUCCGCCACCAGAAUUCGGAUUUGUCGACAGCGGCAACCACACCGAACUCAGCGUAGCUUUCACCUUCGAUGGCAACACAACGGUGGUCCAGGAGGGCCAGCUCUUCGGAGGAAACAUCACAAGCCAACAACCGGCACUGGCCGUGAACCCAGCCGCCUACCAGUCUAUCGCCGACUACAACGGCAACUAUGUCAUCCUCAUGGUAGAUCCGGAUGCGCCGUCACCAGACAACCCGACCAGGCGCUUCAUCCUCCACUGGCUUGCCGCAAACGUCACCCAAAACACCGAGGCGCAGGCGCCUCUGACCGGCCAGCGCGCCCUGACGAACAGCACGCCAGCUCUUGUCCCGUACCGCCCUCCCAUGCCACCGACCAACUCUAGCGCCCAUCGCUACAUCAUCUACGCCUUCGCCCAGCCGGACAACUUCGCCAUCCCGGAAUCCUUCGCCGGCUUCAGCGACCAGAACCGGUCCAUGUUCAGCCUCGACCGCUUCAUCAGCGAGGCCCGACUCGACCGGCCGGCCGCCGGCGAGUUCUGGUACGUGAGCCGCGAGCCCGAGGUCCCGGGAACCUUCAUCGCCCUCGCCGGUGGCGCAUACCCCGGUGGCAACGGCGAGGCCAUCUUCUCAUCUGGCUCGGGGAGCGCGACUGCCACAGCGACGUCGUCUGCCGAUGGCACGUCGAGCACCGGUGGGGCGGGAAGCACCGAAACGUCAGGUGCCAGCUUCGUGGAGAAGACCUCAUUCACAGGACUUUUCACGUGGUUCGUCGGUGCCGGAGGACUCUUGGGCUUGGAUCUUCUACUUUAAUAGUUAUAACUCCAAGGUUACCCUAAGGUAUGGGAAUUGGCACGUCUUUUGAAUUGGAC